UUGUAUAAUUUGCCUGCAACUAUGCAGCAGUGAAUAACUGUGUGUGUGUGUGUGUGUGUGUGUGUGUGUGUGUGUGUGUGCAGGCCCCAUGCUGAUGUCCCUGAGGCCUGGGACUGAAAUACUGCAGAACCCCUACCCAGCGCCAGAACCUGUUUCUAGACCAGACCCUAGCAGAGGUUCCCUGAGCCCUCUCUCCCACCUCCAGCCAAUGGGGAUUCAUUUCUCUGAGCCACCAGCCAAUCACAAUACAGCUUACUUCUACGACAUCAGUGAUCUGUCAGAGUGGCAAGAGGAUGACACGCACAUACUUAACAUACAGCCCACAGAAACACACUCGCUUGACUGGAGCGUCACACACGCCGCAAACUCUUCACACACCCACACACUUGUCGGGGCAAAAGUGUUAGACACGGCUGACACUCUCCUCGCACACACAGUGCCUGUGCACACACACGGCGCAGAUGUGCAGACACACACACUUACCACUCAAACACCACCUCCAGGGGUAUACAACUCGAGCGUGAACACACUCUCCCACCCACACACAGUAGUGUUACCAAGCACAGGCGUACACAUGUUGGACACACACGAUACACAAGUGAACUCGCCACACACACUCCCUUCUCCCACACACUCCUCUCUGGUCUGGUGUGAAUCCCCAGUGUAUACAUCACCAGGGACAGAUGAUGAGCUGUUGUGUGUGUUCUACAAACAGCGCGAGGAGCUGUGGUGUUUACGCGUGGAGCUUCAAAAGAAGGACAUACGCAUCAGCCAGCUGGAGCAAGACAUCACACACCUGCACCACACACACACCCACGACACACACCCUCACAGCACACACACACUCCUGCACAAACCUUACGCACACCCAGCACUACCACACACUAUUAUGCAACAUCCACACACACCAGGAGUGUACUUUCCCACCCAGCGCGUAACGCACACAGAGCACUAUAACGCGCACCCGACAACGGCCCCAGCCCAGAUCCCCAGAGCCUUACUCAAAACUGACCAAGCCCACAGUCCUCGCACAUCCUGCUAAACCCUAACCCUAACCCCAGCCCA